GUGGCGGCGGCACGUGGGCCAUUUGCCUAGGACAAACCGCAGGACUUGCCGUUCCGUCCCGUCCACGCCCCAGCUAUACCCAAUCGUUGUGACUAUUGAGCGGACUAGAUGCGGUGUGGCUGGCUGAGUCACAUUAGUGGUUAGUCUAGAUAAGCUGCGAGAACUCGAAACUCGAUGCGUCCUUCAGCCGGCCUCAUUUUUUUUCAGCUUUGGCCGGAUCCGGAAUCAAGGUGCAAACUUGGAAACCCAGUCUCAUUCUAUCAUCUGGUAGUUAGUUCAUGCCGCCGAUGGCGUCCGGAACGACAGCGCCUCUUACGUAGGGCGAGAAUGCGUCGACUGCUCUCCGUUAACAAAAGAACCCAAUAACGCCGAUGCAUUCAAUCGGCCUCCCUUUCUUGUCAGCCCUUUGAAUCUUAGCAAUUACUCGAGGAGAUCUGAACGGGCAAAUCUAUACAUCGGUAUCGCAAUGACUCUCAUCGGUCGCUUUUGGCAUGCUGUCGUGGACCUUACCACAUGGCUGACUAUGUCGCCUGUGGCCGAAUUCGGGCUUCAUCCAUCUCAGCAUCCACUUGGACUACUACCUGGAGAUCCUCCCGUUUUCAGGCCCCCAGCAGGAAACCCGAGCGAUCAUGACUUCAAGUGCGAUUACAGCCGAAUGAAGGGAUGGCAUCCCUGCUCUAUCCCCGAGAACAGAGAAUGCUGGCUUCGACAUAAAGAUGGCCGCGAGUAUAACAUCCAUACAGACUACGAGAACUUUGCCCCUCGGGGUAUUACUCGAUAUUACACUUUGAAUGUUACUGAGAGUUCUUACAACGCAGACGGCCUACCCUUCGUCGAUGCCAAGCUGUUUAAUAAAACAUAUCCCGGACCCUGGCUCGAAGCGUGCUGGGGAGAUACCCUGAAAAUCACGAUAGUCAACAAAAUGAAAAAGAAUGGCACUAGCAUUCACUGGCACGGCAUUCGACAGAAGCAGACGAUGGACAUGGACGGUGUCAACGGCAUCACGCAGUGCCCUAUCGCACCUGGCGACUCAUUUACAUAUACCUUCAAAGCUACCCAGUAUGGAACCUCUUGGUAUCAUAGCCACUACUCUGUGCAAUACGCAGAUGGCUUGCAGGGUCCACUAACGAUCCACGGUCCAUCUUCGGCGCCCUUUGAUGCAUCGAAGCGCCCGUUGCUAAUGACUGACUGGUCUCACACUAGUGCCUACCAACUUCUAUUUAAUCGCAAUUCAGGGAACAUGACCAUCCUUCUGAAUGGCCGCGGAAACGUGUCCCACUAUGGAGGUACUCCCACACUCCCGGUACCACCGAAUUAUGAGUUGUAUUUCAACAAGACGCCAACCGACAAGCCCAGGCGGCCAAUAAGAUACUUGCUUCGCUUGAUCAACACGUCAUUUGACUCGACAUUCGUCUUUUCCAUUGAUAACCAUUGGCUUCAAAUUGUGACGGCAGACUUCGUACCUAUUGAGCCUUAUUUCAACACGUCCGUCUUGAUAGGCAUCGGUCAGCGAUACAAUGUCAUCGUGGAAGCCAACCCCCUCGGAGGAGACAGAAACCCCGUCCCAGACGAUGGCAAUUUCUGGAUCAGAACUUGGGUUGCGGAUAAAUGUGGGAUAAAACCUGGAGGCCCAGGCUAUGAAAGGACUGGUAUCCUGCGAUACGACCAUGACAGCCCGGACUUGCCAACAUCGCAGCCUUGGGCUAAAAUAAGCAAGGCAUGCUCCGAUGAGACAUACACCUCGCUGAGGCCGAAGAUCCCUUGGACUGUAGGUAAAGCUGCAAACGCCCAGUUCGACGACUUUGGUGAACAGUUCAAUGUCACCUUGAACACGACGGCAAAGAACACGCCGCUGUUCGCCCACUAUCCCUUGGCCGCGUUUUCGUUGCAGCGAUCUGGCAGCGCGCCUACUGAUUUCACACCGCUUCAAAUUGACUAUUCGAACCCAACUUUGAUGCAUUUAGGUGAAUCUAGCCACAACUUUCCCUCAAAAUGGGUUGUGAUCCCUGAAGACUACACUGAGAAGCAAUGGGUAUACCUUGUGUUGACUAUGGAAAAUGGAAGUUCUAUUACUGGGGCACACCCGAUCCACCUUCACGGCCACGAUUUUGCCAUCCUUCAGCAGGUCGAGGGUAAGGAGUACGACCCAAGCAGUCUUGACCUCAAACUUGACAAUCCUCCACGACGGGAUGUAGUACUGUUACCGACUGGUGGCUUCGUCGUCAUCGCCUUCAAGGCGGAUAACCCUGGCAGUUGGCUCAUGCAUUGCCACAUAGCUCGGCAUGCGUCCGAAGGUCUUGCGUUGCAGAUUCUGGAACGUCAGAGUGAUGCUCACAAACUUUUCCCGAAAAAGUCCCCGAAUAUGAUUGAAGCAAAACGUGUAUGCCGUGCGUGGAAGAAGUGGCAGAAAAACGAAAUGGAUUUCUUUGAGGGUGACUCGGGCAUUUGAGACGAUACUAGCUUGUGUACUGAAGCGUCUAUGCUGAUGGCAAGAAUGUGCUGCUGAAGUAUUAUGGGUAUGGGACAAGUGUCCAUAAGUACAUUAAAUUGAUUGAAACCAGAGCAGCUUACUCCCAAUGAAUCCUAGCCAAUAUGUUCAAAA